AUGAUGAUAAUGAAAGCCCAAUUCCGACUCAGCGUGAAAGUGGUCCGUCGCUCGUGCUCCACGGCAACAUUACAGUGGUUGCGGUCGGCAGAUGAACAUGCUGAGUACUGCAUUUACAUGCGUCGCGAGAAUGCCAACUACCUGGAGGAACUCGUUAGUAAGGCGAACAACCUGUGCGAAGGUGGUCUAGAGUCGUCAGAACUGGUCGGGUGCUAUUCACAUCGAGGACCAAGCGUUGAAGCUAUAAUGGCCCAGGACGACACAAUCGGUCUUAUCGAGACUACGGUAGUUGGCUUGGAGCCAGCUAAGACGUAUCGAUUUGAUCUGCUUGCCACACCUCUACAACGCCCUCAGGCUCAAUCGUUGCCAUAUCGAACGGUAUGGGCACGAACUGCGAAUUCAUGCUAG